AUGACGUCACCGGCCUUUCGCAAGUCGUUCCACUCCGAUCCGGCGCCCUCUUCCCUGUCCGCAGCCUCGUCGCCCUCGCCCGCCCCCUGCUCCCCGCUCACAUCCUUCGCACACCCGCCCUCCUCCCUGUAUUUUCAAUCCUCCGCGCCCUCCUCCUCCCUCUCCACUGGUACUCCUGCCGCCAUUUUCGCGGCGAUAGAACGGCGAUCCGUCCCCGCACUCGACGCCGCCAUCGCCGCAUGGCGCCAGCGCACUGGCAGCGCAGAGGGGCCCUCCUAUCCUGGCAGCAGCGGCGCGGCAGCAGCGGGAGCGGCGCGGAUGGGGCGCGACGAGGCGCUGAGCGGGCUACGGUCGAGCCGCGGGUUAACGGCGCUGCACGCGGCGGUGUGGCAGAACCACGUGGGCGUGGUGGCGCGGCUGCUGGAGCUGGGGUGCGACCCCGACGCCGCGGAUUGGGAGUCGGGGUGGACGGCGCUGCACCGCGCGUGUCACUUCGGGCACUGGGCGGUCAUGGGGCGCCUGCUCGCGCACAACGCCUCGCUCUCCGCGCUCGACGCCCUGGGCCGCACGCCGCUGCAGCUGCUGCCGCGCCCGCUGCACCAAGCCCCUGACACCCUUCCCUUCGUCGGCGAGCUUCCCUCUGCUCCUUCGCGCGACUCCGCCUCUCCCUCCACCGCAGAGUCCCCGCGCGCGUCUCUGCGGGGCGCAUCCUUCCCCGUGGGCGCGCAGGUGCAGGCGGAGGUGUUUUCAUGGGGCAACGGCGCCAACUACCAGCUGGGGACGGGCUCCACGCGCAUUCAGCGCACCCCCGCGCGCAUCGACGGCCUCACCACCACCGGCAGCACGGGCGAUGGUGCUGCGAGUGUGAGCGACGGGGAACAUGCUGCCAGUUCCGCCGCGCCGUCCAUGCACCUGGCAGCAGCCACGGCACCCCCGCCACCUGCAUGUGCGGCUGCAGGCCCGGUGGCUGCAGUGGUGGCGGUGGCGGCGGGUCGGUUUCACAGCGCGGCGGUGACGGCGCGCGGCGAGCUGCUCACGUGGGGCUUCGGACGGGGCGGACGCCUGGGGCACCCCGACUUCGACGUGCACAGUGGGCAGGUGGCGGUGAUUCUCCCCCGGCAUGUGACGGCGGGGCUGGGCGGGCGCCCAGUGCGCGUGGUGGCGGCGGCGAAGCACCACAUGCUGGCCGCCACGCACACCGGGGAGCUCUUCUCCUGGGGCUCCAACCGCGAGGGGCGGCUGGGGUACCCGGCAGUGGACUCGCAGGCGACGCCGCGGCGAGUGGCGGCGCUGCGGCAGCGAGUGGUGGCGGUGGCGGCGGGCAACAAGCACAGUGCAGCGCUGACGGGGGGCGGGGAGGUGUUCACAUGGGGGUGCAACACGCACGGGCAGCUGGGGUACGGCAGCAUCAACAGCACGUCCAGCUGCACGCCGCGCAUCGUGGACCACCUCAAGGGCCGCGCCAUCGCUGCUGUGGCCGCCGCCAAGAGGCACACCGUCGUGCUCACCGCUGAUGGGGAGGCGUACACGUGGGGGCACCGCCUGGUGACGCCGCGGCGAGUCAAGGUGGAGAGGGACGUGCGCAAGGGGGGCGGCUCUGCUGCUGGUGGCGGGGGCGGGGUGAUUCGCUUCCACCAGCAGGCGCGGGUGCAGCUGACAGCGGUGGCAGCGGGCGCCAUGCACACCACGGUGCUGUCACAGGAUGGGCUCGUCUUCUACUGGCGCUCGCACGACCCGCUCCUCAAGUGCCACCAGCUGCUGGCGCUAGCGGAGCAGCGAGCGGUGGCAGUGGCAGCAGGCAAGUGGCGCACAGCCGUGGUGACGGCGGGCGGCAGUGUGUACGUGUGGGACGCCUCCCAGAAGGACACGCCCCUGCCUGCGCCUGCUGCUGCCGCCACUGCCGCCGGAGGAGGCGCGGGGGGGGUGAGAGCAGGAGAGGGAGGAGGCGGAGAUGCAGGCGCAGAGGCAGGAGGUGAAGCGGUGCCCCCCCUGGUGCAGCGCGUGCCUGGCAUCUGCCAGGCGGCCGCUGUGGCCGUGGGCGACCUGCACUCCCUCGCCGUCGCACACGUGCUGCUGCCGCCCCUCCCUCGCCCCUCCCCGCCCCUCCCCGCCCCACCUGCGGCAGUGCCUUGGGCGGCUGGAGAUGCAGGGGUGGAGGGCGAGCAAGGUGGGGCGAGGGGGAGGGCUGUGGGCGAGGAGAACAGGGGGGACGUGGAGGAGGACGAUGAGGAGGGGGGCGAGGAGGAGCAAGUGCAUGAGCUGGGGGGGCGAAUGAGGCGACGAGGCUGGGCGGGUGGAGUCGGGGGGGCAGGGGUGGUGGAGGAAACGGUGGGUGAAAGUAUGGGAGCUGUUGCAGCAGUAACAGAGGCAGCAGGUGGAGGGGCGGGGUGCGGUGCGGCUGUGGGCGAGGGGCAGGGGUGGGUGGCGCCAUUGAAGCAGCUGUGUGAGGCGGUGAUAGCAGCGCACGUGGUGGACGUGCGCAACGUGCUGCCUGUACUUGCUAUCGCCGAUGCUGUGCAAGCUCACCUGCUCACACCCUACUGCCAGCGCCUGGCACUGGCGAACCUGGCGUUCAUAGCCACAGUAGCCCCGCAGCAGCUCGCCCUCUGCCCGCCCUACGUUCUCGCACACCUCGAAGCCGCCUCCCGCGCCCACUCCGCCUCCUCCGCCUCUGCCUCCUCCUCUGCCCCCCCCGCUCCGCCACUGAUUGCUCUCUCGCGCGCUCUGCCCACGGCCACGGCACCCAACGAGCCUGUGCUGGGUGAUGACGACCACGACGAGGGCUACGAGGGGGCGGCCGUGGAGCAGCAGCAGGGGAUGCACGAGUAUGGGCAGCAGCACCCGUGGCCUCACUACCAAGACCACCUGCACUCUCAUUCCUUCGAUUCCAACCCGCAUGCCACUGCCCACGCCCACAGCACCACGUGGCAUGCCACCCCCUCCCCCGACCUGGCCUCGGCGCUCCACAUGGCACGCCAUACCGGCCUCUCCCUCUCCGCCCACCCCUUGGCCGCGCUCAUCCCCUCAGGCCUCGAUGCAGAUCUGGAAAUCACGUCCAGGUUCGGCGGAGGCUCGGGAGUGGACGCAGCUGCGGAGGGUGAGGUGGCGCGGCAGGUGAGGGCGGUGCGGAAGAAGCUGCAGCAGGUGGAGAUGCUGGAGGGGCGGCGGAGGGGAGGGGAGGUGCUGGAUGCACAGCAGAGGGCGAAGGUGGCGGGCAGGGCGCAGCUGGAGAAGGUGCUUGCCAUGCUGGAGGCCGGUGGGCCUGCUGCUGCUGCUCUUGCUGCCGCCCGUGCUGCUUCUGCUGCUGCUGGUAGUGUUGGUGCUGCGAGUGCGGGUGGUGGAAGUGGUGUGGGGGGCAGUGGGAGUGCGAGCGAGGCUGUGCACGGUGAUGGCACUGCUGACGCUGCUGCCACACACAGGAGCAACAACACCGCUCCCAGCAAGGGUGCUGGCACAGCUGCAGCAGGGAAGGACAAGAGUGGGAAAAAAGGAGGGCUGGAGUUUCCUAACAGGCAGUCAGAGGGCCAGGAGAGGGAGAAGGCUCCGCGUGCAACAUCUGCCUCUCCUGGCCCCGCCGAACCUGUUGCCGGGCCUGGCAGCAUCCAUCCAGCAGGAGUCUCUGUAUCCACAGUGGGUGUGGUUUUGCCCGCUGGUGGAGCGCUCUUUGCGUCACCACCAAUGGCAGGCGCUGCUGCUCACACCACUGCUGCCACCAACACUACCAGUGGUGCCAGCGGUGGCAGUGGGAAGAAGGCGGCGAGGAAGAAGGGGCGCAAGGGUGGGUUGUCGCUGUUCCUCGCUGGUGACCUGGAACGUGACGCUACCGCCUCCACCGCGCCUGCCACGCCUGCUCCUGCACGUGGGGCAGCGGGACCCUCUUCCUCCCCGUCGCCUGCCAAGCCUGCAUGGGGCAUCUCUCGCCAGCCUGCACCACCCGAUGCUCUGCCUGCCCCUACAGAGGCUUCGCCCGCGCGCUCCCUGCGCGACAUUCAGAGUGAGCAGCAGCAGCAGCACAGCAGCAGGGCAGUGCUGCACACUGCACCUGCAUCCAUUUCCCGCCCCCUUGGACACGGCCCCUCUGCUGGAGGCAGUAGUGGCAGUGGCAGCAGCGGUGGCAGGUCCAUGGGCAGCACACAUGCAGUCAGUGCCGUGGGCAGGGCCGCCUCCACACGCACAGGCAGCAACGGGCGGCGGGGCCAGAGGGGGCAGCAGGGCGGUGCACCCAGGUUGCUGGGGUUCGUGUCGACAGCUUCCCCUCACAGCGCAUCUCCUGGGCAAGCAGGGCACGAGCGAGAGGCAGGAGGCGCGGCACAGGGGGCAGGGGGGUGGUCAGGCGGCGAGGGUGGUGGAGUGGCAGCGGGCAUUAGAGUGUCUCUGGGGGAGCUGCUCAAGGCGUCCACCCAACACAAGGCCCACCACCCAGAUGCUGGUGGCGGCGCGGGCAAGGCAAGGGCAGCAGCAGUGGCACCGUGGGCCAAGGAGCGUGGUGGCGAGGGCACGGUGGGAGACGAGCCCAUGGUGCGCAGCCAGGGGAUGAGCAUCGGCAGGGGGGUGGGCAGUGGUGGGCGGGGAGGGGAAGGAGGAGGGGGUGCACGUCAGCCUGUUUCACUGGUGGAGAUUCAGCAGCAACAGGUGCGCUUCCUUAUGUCAGCAUUGUUUAUGGUAUGUCUGUGUACUUCUUCUUCGCUCCAUGCCGUGCUACUUGAGUGCCCCUCCAUUUCCAUUGUGUGCGUUGUGCCUGUCGCCCAUCACCAGGAGCUUUCACGCCGUCGCGCGCAGCACUCCGGCUCAUGGGGCAGCCCCACCACUGCCAUGCUCUCCGCGUCGCCAUCCCAUGCUGCCACACCACCAAUGGCACUGCCACCACAACGGCCUGCUGCCUCUGCUCCCGUCACAUGCUCCCCAUCCUCCCCAGCUCCCUCGCCCUCACCCAGCCGUUUCUCGGCUUCCUCGUCUCCUGCCGUAUCCGCCACUCCCCAUGGCUCAUCUGCCCGCACGCGUGCCUCUGGUAGUGGUGGAAGCACGUCUGCUGCUGUUGCUCUUGGCACCACCACGACAUGCGGGGGGUUUGCCCCUGCUGCAGUGGAGGCGGAGAGCCGGUGGUACAAGGGGGUUGAGGAGGGGGAAAGGGCAUCGUCGCUGCGCAGCAUCCAGAUUGAAGAGCAAGCCAUGAGGGAGCUCAAGAGCUUUGGCUUCGCCAGUGUGCGAGUGGUCAGGGAUGGGUGA